GAAGCUUACGCCUCUUCUACUCAGUACUUCUGCGAAGACCUGAGCCAGGUAUGACGCCAAGCUGCCUUGUCUUCGCUUUUCUAAUACAUGUGGUCCUUAUACAUGCAUCCACAGGUCGAAUCGUCAGAAAAGGCAACGAAUUGUGGUACGAUCAAGACUGCAAGACGCCCAAAUGCAUCGGCAGACAGAGACUGGUGUGUCCAACUAAGGACACGUGUUCUUGCUACUGUCAGGAUGUUCCGUGCUACAUGCCACGCUGUGGCGCUGGAUGCCAACCCACCUGCUUGACAAAGCCUGGCUGGUGCCAGUGCAAAUGCGGCAAGUAUAGGAUUCUUCACAUAUGCUACAACGACUAA